UCGGGGACCCAGACUCCUGCGCCACCGGCUCGCUGCGCGCGGCUGCCCUCCGGCUGUGGCUCUGGCGGACUCGCGGACCGAGCGGCGGGAGGAUGGCGCGGGCACGGGCGCGGCCCGGGGCGGCCCGGCUAUUUAACCGGGCUCCGGGGGCGGGGAGAAGGGACCGCCGCCUCGCCUGCCUCCCCAGAGCCCCGCCGGGCCAUUGGCGGCGUCUGGGCCACCUCCUGGCCCCUCCUCCGGAUGCGUCCCGUUUCCAGUAAAAUGUACAGGAUGAGGCAAUGUGCCCUCCACCCUCGCCCCGCCCGCCCGGCUCCGCCCCGACUGACCGGUUGUUUUCUCCCCCUUCACCUGGAAACCCCGACCGAGUGCCACCUCCCGCCUCCCGAGGGACCGCGACCCCCGCCCCCGACCCCCCACCCCGACCGCCCGCGCGCCCGCUGGGAGAAGCCCGGCCGGGCGCGGGGGAAGAAGGCGCGCGGCAUGGGGCUCUGGGCCAGCAGAGGGAGACGGGGAGGCGGGAAGGCAGCGAUGGGAACAGGUCGGCCUGGUUCCCGGGCAGUGGGAAGUCCUGGAAGCUGCGCGUUCGUUACGCACUCCUCCGCCCGCCCUGGCGCGGCGAGCUUCCCGCCAGCUCCAUUUAAGGCGUCUCUGGAAAGUUCCUAAAGGGCCUGUCUUCUCCAGCGCCUCAGAGCGGCUUUGUCCUCUAACUUAGCUUUUGCCAACGUACCUUUUGGCAGGGUCCCAAACUGAGAAAGAUGUUGAAGCCACUUUUCUGUCCUCAAGUUGUAAUCUGACAACUAAAUAUUUUUUGGCACAGCCAGGGAAUAAAAAACAGUGCCCUACACCCCUGUAGAGUUCAGUACUGGAACAAAGCCAUCUUAGCAAAAUGAUGACUCUACAUACAUGUAUGUAUGUAGAUACAUACAUAUUUUUUCUUUCUGCAUAAUUUUACAUUUUAUCUGAUAAACAGGAAUUUCAGUCUUUCCUAUCUUAAGUACGUUUUCCUAAAGAUUUUAUUCAUUUGAGAGUGAGCAAGGGAGAGAGAGCACAAGUGGGGGGAGGAACAGAGGGAGAGGGAGAGGUAGACUCCCUGCUGAGCAGGGAGCCCGCAGCGGGGGUUCCAUCCAGGAACCCCAGCCGAAGGCAGACACCCAAAUGACUGAGCCACCCACACACCCCUCCUAAGUACUUUUUAAUGGAUUCACACAAUUCUUUAUUGAAGUCCUAAAUCUUGUUAAAACCAUGGCUAGGAGUUUGCAGGAGAAAAAGAUGAAUGAUUAUAUGUCCCUCCUUUCAAGUACACGAUAAUCUUGUAGAAAUGAGAAGGUAAGCACACACAUGCUAUAUUAAAAGAAACCGAUUAUGAUUAAACAUCAUGAAGGAUACAAAGUCCAACAAUGUCCUAAAAAGGAAGACAAAAAGUGGUGGAGGAAAAGAGGUCAUGAGGAAAAUCUUUGCAAAGGAGGUGUCUGUCAUUCCCUAAAGGAUGGGUGGGAUUUCAACCAAAAUCAUUUAGAGGAAGAAGAACAGCAUGGGCAAAAAAAUUAGGAAGAGUCAGAUAAAAGCUUACUUUUAGGGUAGUCAAAGGAAAGAUGAUAACAUAAAUGUAAUAAGUCACUUGGUGCCUUUGGGUGGAGCACCUCCAGUGGCCGGCUGAGACGCUGGGUCUUUAAUAAACACUGAGUGAACAUGAAAGAAUUUGGGACAGGCAAAAUUAACCUGCAAGCAGCUUUGAUGGGGUAAGACUGAGGGGCCCAGAGGCCAUUAGGAAUCACUGCAAUAGUCCAGGAGAGAACUGACCUGACCUUGGUACAGAGGCAAUGAGGAAGAGAAAAGUAAACAGAAAGAAGGGGCUGGACAGCUUUGCUAAGACAGAAUCCACAGGUCUGGACCUGUUGGAUGUGGGCAGCAAUGAGAGGGUCACCGGUCAGGAUGUGAGUGGAGGCUGGAUGACCAGGUGAACAGGGAUGUCAGCUUCAGAUCGCAAGCAAAUCAGCAGAAGCAAAAUACUAGGGUUCCAGGAGGGAAGGAAGGAGACAGGAAGACAAUGUGCUUAAAUUGUUACCCAGUAUUAAUAGGUAAUAGAAGACCCUGCUGGGAGUUCCAAAGUAAAUAUUUACUUCUUUCUCAAAAGUAUUGUAUUGCCCCCAAAACUUCUUGUUGUCUUUCCCUUCUCCCAGUUUUUGGGUUUCGGUAACUUUAAAAGAAUAAAAAGGAAACAACUCCUUUGUAGCUGCAGGAAAUACAAGGCUCCAGUAAUUGCAGUUCUUCAGAAACCAAAAUCACUUAAAGGAUGCUCCAAAUGAGAUGUUGGGCUUUCUCAAUAAAAUCUAUUUGGGUAUUUUUUUUCUCCCCACUAACAUUUUAUGUAUAAUAAAGGCCUUAAAUGUCUAUUCAAACAAAUUCAUGCACAAAUAUUUUUUACAAAAUUAAUUCUCCCCCCAAAAUUAUUUCUGG